AUGCAACAAAUCAUUGACGACGAAGUGCGCGCGGAAGCAGCCGGAGUUAUCGAACCGUCCACUAGCGCGUGGAGUUUUCUCGUCGUUGUAGUACGGAAAAGGGAUGGCAAACCGCGUUUUUGUAUAGACUUCCGCAAAGGGUAUUGGCAAGUGCCACUAUCGUCCGAGAGUCCGUCCGUGACCGUGUUCACCGUCCCGGGCCGGGGACUCAUGCAGUUCACAUUUGGUAAGAGCGACAUUUACGGAACACCUACAACACUUAGUAGAAGUAUUCCGACGCCUACGGGAGGCCCGGCUAAAGCUAAACCCUGA